CUUUCUUCCUUUUCUACUGAUCUCUUCUCUCUGGAUCUUGCAUGCUCAAGUUCAAGAAUUUCUAGGACUAUACUGGGAUAAUCUUGUCUUCCAACAGAUGUCUGAAUCUAACAAAAGAAGCCAGACCUCUGAAAAUCCUAGUGCACUGAUCCACAUCUUGAUCCAUUUCACCAAAGUUCUAAAAUUAUGGCUAUAUUGCUCACACCUACAUGGCUAAUCAUUUACUUUGGGCUACUAAGAUCUAUCCAAGCUGGUGCUUAUUAUGGGAUCAAGCAGAUGCCUCCUCAAGUGCCACAGUACCAACCCCUUGGGCAACAAGUACCUCACAUGCCGUUGAGUAAAGAUGGAGUGCCAAUGCAGCACAUGGGAAAGGAGGGGCCACACCUAUCAUAUGGGAAAGAAUAUAUCCCUCAGUAUAUAAAAGAAAUUCCACAGAUCCCCAUGCUUGGCAAGGAGAGGAUUUCAAAGAAACAGAAAGCAGAAUUGCCAUUAGCCAGUUUGAGAGGUGAACAGGGUCCUCCUGGAGAGCCUGGACCAAGAGGGCCUCCAGGAUCUCCAGGGCUACCAGGACAUGGAAUACCAGGAGCUAAAGGCAAACCAGGACCACAAGGAUACCCAGGAAUUGGAAAACCAGGCAUGCCUGGAAUGCCAGGAAAACCAGGAGCAAUGGGGUCUCCAGGAUCAAGAGGUGAAAUGGGGCCAAAGGGGGAGAGUGGAUCUAUGGGAAUGCCAGGACCCCAAGGACCACCAGGACCUCAAGGACUGCCUGGAAUAGGAAAACCAGGUGACAGAGGAUUACCAGGACAACCAGGAGCAAAGGCCGAGCCAGGAAUGAAAGGGCAACCUGGGAUACAAGGCCCCCAAGGCCCAAAAGGAGAUAAAGGUGUGGGGAUUCCAGGGUUACCAGGGCUAAAAGGGCCACCUGGUUUACCAGGUCCCCCUGGUCCUGUUGGACUUCCUGGAAUAGGCAAGCCAGGAAUGAUAGGGUUUCCAGGCCCUCAGGGAGCUGUAGGCAAGCCAGGGAUUCCAGGGGAACCAGGGCCACGGGGCUUAGCUGGGGCUCAUGGAAUUCAAGGUCCUCCUGGUCUUCCAGGUAUAGGAAAGCCAGGACAAGAUGGAAUCCCAGGGCAGCCAGGCAUGCCAGGUGGGAAAGGGGAACAAGGCUUGCCAGGUUUACCAGGACCACCUGGUGCUCCUGGAAUUGGAAAGCCUGGUUUCCCUGGUCUAAAAGGUGAUCGAGGCAUGGGUGGUGCUCAGGGCCCACUGGGACCUAAGGGUGAAAAAGGUCAUGUGGGCCCACCUGGCAUGCCUGGGCCUCCAGGGGAACCAGGCCAACCAGGCCAGCCUGGAUUAAUGGGGCCCUCAGGUGUGAUGGGAUUCCCAGGUCCAAAAGGAGAAGUUGGAGCUGUUGGGCCUCCAGGACCUAUUGGUCCCAAAGGUGAGCUUGGUUUGCAAGGUUUCCCAGGUAAACCUGGUUUUCAAGGAGAGGUGGGCCCAUCAGGUCUGAGGGGCUUGCCUGGUCCAAUUGGACCAAAAGGAGAAACUGGUCACAAAGGUUUGCCAGGUUUGCCUGGUGCUCACGGGCUCAUGGGCCCCAAGGGAGAACCUGGAAAACCAGGAACUCAAGGCCAUCAGGGCCCUACUGGAAUCCCAGGUAUUGCAGGACCAAGUGGCCCAAUUGGACCUCCUGGACUACCUGGAACUAAAGGGGAACGGGGUUUGCCAGGCCCACCAGGUUUUCCAGGAAUGGGGAAGCCUGGUGUUUCAGGGAUGCCUGGACCACCAGGGAAACCUGGAUCACUUGGUGCUCCUGGCCAGCCAGGUCUUCAAGGACCUCCUGGGCCCCCUGGGCCCCCUGGCCCAACAGUAAUAAUGCAACCUACACCGCCAGCAAUGGGACAGUAUUUGCCAGAGGUGGGGCCAGGCCUUGAUGGAAUAAAAUCUCCAUAUGGUUAUAAGGGAAAGAAAAGCAAAAACAGUGCCGCUGCUGCCGCUGCCGCCGCUGCCUAUGAGAUGCCGGCUUUCACGGCUGAGCUCACCACUCCUUUUCCACGGGUCAGGGUUCCUGUGGUGUUUGACAAGCUCCUUUAUAAUGGCAGGCAGAAUUAUAAUCCACAGACUGGUGUCUUUACCUGUGAAAUCCCUGGGAUCUACUACUUCGCUUACCACAUACACUGCAAAGGGGGAAAUGUCUGGGUGGCAUUAUUUAAAAACAAUGAGCCGUUGAUGUACACGUAUGAUGAAUACAAGAAAGGUUUCCUGGACCAAGCUUCUGGAAGUGCCGUUGUCCAGCUGUUGCACGGUGACAGAGUUUAUAUCCAGAUGCCAUCUGAACAGGCGGCAGGACUUUAUGCUGGGCAAUAUGUUCACUCGUCUUUUUCUGGAUAUUUAUUGUAUCCAAUGUAAACUGCACACUCAGACGAAAUGAAAGCUCUUUUUCUGUGUUUCCAAAUCUAUACCAUUGAAAGAUGCAUUUAUUGAUUUUUUUGGACCAACAUGUACAAUAUUAAAAUAAAAUUACAAAUUUAAACAUUAUAUGUACAGCUUAUUAUAAAGAAAAACUAUUUGAUAAGCCCAGUGUUAAUUGGCUUGCUGCUGUACAAUGAAUAUUUUCAACAUUUGUCUGCUUUUUUGCAUUAAAAAUGUCAUAUCAAGGUUUACAUAAAGUGCUUACCAAUCACUUGCUUCUAGGAUGAAACUUUCAAGUGGAAGGCACAAAGAAACAAACAUUUAUUUUAGAAUAAUACUAUAAAGAUUUGUUUAUAAUGAAAACUGCAGUGACUUCAAUAAGGCUCCGUAAUCAUGUACCAACUUCUCUUUGCCAAAAUUUCUAUUUUUAUGUGAAGAUUUUAAUCUGGUCAUAUUGACAAAAAUAGUAGAAAAGGACAAAUCUCAGUGUUAGAAAGCAAUUUAAUUAUUAGCAAAUUGACUGACAUCUAUAGUAUUGAUUUCUUGUUCCCAGCAAGCAAUAGGCCAUAUUCAUAUUGCAAGUAAAUGUUUAUAUUUCCAGAGUGAUUUAUGGAAUAGUUUAAAUAAGUGCCUUAAGAGGUAAAAGGAUAUUUACAAACCAAAUAAUGUUAGUGCAGCAGAGAUUAACAGUUGUAUAUUGACUUAUGGAUCAUAGAAAAUAAAUACAGAAAAUGUCAAGAUGCAUCUGAAAUCAGGCAAGACUGAAUUAUCUGAUACAUAAAUAGUGAAUGAGUGAUCCUUUUUCAUUUGAAAAUCAUUGUUUCAAGUUUUGAUCAAGAAAAGAUAGGAUUGGAUGUUUGCUAUGCUAAAAAUAGAAGCUUAUUCAUUGUUCAUUUUCCUAGUUUUUUUAACAAACACUGGAAAAAAUGGUGACAAUAUCACAGUCUUUUAGUUUUGUAUACUGUGUGAUGCAUACAGUAUGAGUUGCAUAAACGCAAUGCCAUAUAAUAGAGUAACUAUCUUCAACUAUCCUAAGGAUUAUUCCUAAAUGCCUAUUUCAGCUUUUAAAUACACAGAUAUUAGAAAGUCAUAUGUUUGUGGGACCAGCAAAAUACUGUCGCUAUUAUUAUUUCAUCCUGAAAGAAGUCUAUCUAUCUGGUUGCCAAGAAUUGACACCAACUUAAUACAUAACUUUUACUAAUUAUUAGUACCACACAUAUUCUAUGCCAAUAAUUAUGACAUCUAGGUUUUGGGGAAGAACUCUGUGAAUAUGAAGGCCAACACAGCUAAAGAACUGGCAUCCGUAAUUUUACAAUGUUGUGAACAUAAUAAAAAGACACAUGGCAUGGCAAAUUAUUACAUGGCCAGUACAUAAAGAAAAAUAGCAGACAAAGCAAAUAAAAACAAGUGUUGGCAACAGUUAAGCAUAGGAAACCUGAAAAAUGAGAUAGAGGGGCUUAUUCUGGCAGUGCAAGACCAAGUCUUAAGAACAAAUCCAUGCAAAUGUAGAAUUGAGAAGCUAGCAACACAAAGCAAAUGCCACCUCUGCAAAGUACCUGCAGAACAGUGCAUCACUUAGUAAGCUCCUACAAAAGUUUACACAGACUAACAACAAGCAAUGGCCUAACAAAGUAGCAACAAUGGUACAUUGGAAUAUCUGCAAGGAAUACCACUUGCUUGUAAGCAAGAACUGGUAGAACCACAAAAUGCUAGUAAUAGAAUGUGAAGAAGCUAAAGUGUUUGGGACUUUAGAAUUCAAACAUACAAACAUUUACCACAUAACACAACAGUCUUCACAAUUAUGGAUAAGACGAAACAGUCUGGAUAGUAGAUAUUACAUUAGAUACACAGCAAAAUAGAAGAGGAAGAAGAAAAUAAAAGAAAUAGAGGCAGAGGUAAAUAGAGGCAGAAUGACUGUGGCAAAAGAAAGUAAAACUAAUACCAAUCGAUAUUAGGUACCUUGGGUGCAAUCCCAAAAUAUCUGGAGCACCAAUUGAACACCAUCUCCAUUGACAAAAUCACCAUCAGUAAAUUACAAAAGGCAGAUUUACUUGGAACGGCCUACCUCCUACAAUGAUACCCUUAACCCCAUCAAACAAUAUCUGUCUAUCCCAGGUCCUUCAGAAGUACUUAAUAGGUGGAUAAUAAUGCCAAAUCAAGUCUUAAAAUCUGUCUGACUGUGCAACCAUAAUAAUACAUUAACUAUUUCCAGUCUGUCACUAAAGAUAAAAGUCUUCAAAGAACCACUGACAUAAUAAAGCCCUAUUCAGGAAUAAAACAGCAAAAAAAGAGCAACAUAUAUACAGCAGCUUUAAUAAACAUCCAGCACUGACAAUUUUAAAAUCUAAACCAGCUGAAGCCCAAACCAGUCCAUUAAGAAAUGUACAUGAAAAGUAAAGAGAAUACCUCAGAUUCCUAAGCUUACAACGAUGGAUCCUGCAUAGCAACCCAUCUGAGCAGCAUGAAGUUAUUAAUGAAAGGCUUCUUUUUUGUGUUCUUGUCAACUUAACAGUCUUCAAAGAAUAGCACAUGAGAAGGACUUCCAUAACCAUUUCAAAGUAUUAGUAAGUCCCAGUAGAAACACUCCCGACUACCAUUUUCAGUGAACACAGAGUCUAGAAGGAUACUUGAAGGACAUACAUUUACCUGAAUCAGCUGAAAUUCUGCUGAACAAUAUUUGCAUGUAUAAGAACUGUAACUGGGAUUAUUAUGUUGAUCAAGAAAUUACCAUGUGGAUUGGUUGUUUAACUGGAAGAACUGCAAGGGACAGACUUCAUCCUUUCUUCUGCUUAACAGAAAUCUUGUGAUGAAAACUCUAUCCAAAUUUCAACAGCAUUGCAUGCAAUGCCACCUGUUUGAUCCACAGAGGAUAUGUUGGAUGCUGCAUUGCAGGGCAGCCCUGAUUUCAUUGAUUGCACAUAUUCAAGAAGUGCAAGGACUCCUGGGGAGACAACUGUUAGAGUAGGAAUGUCUAAUCUCCACUCAGGAUUUAACCAAGUUAAUCAUUGCUUGUUACUUGAAAAAUUAUAGAUAAAGGAUAUAUUUAGGAAAAGCUUGAAAAGGGAAAAGGGACUCCCUUUCUGCCAUGCCUAACGAAAUUAACUUUUAUUCAUGGCAGCCAUUUAGCUAGAGGUAGCCGUGCAUGGAUGAAAUACUCAUUUGCACACCUUAGUCCUCAUCCAGAUAGGGGGUUUGAGUAGAAGCAUCUAUAUUACAAAGGAAUUCUAGAUGUAUUGGAGUUGAGGAAUUAAUGGACUUGGCCAUUCUAGUUCCUUUGAUAGCUUAUUAUUUCUCCUUGACAUAGGAAAAGUAAUCUAUGAGUUAUUUAACAUCCAUAUGCUUUUUCAUAUCACAUUUGUUUUAAACAUUCCAACUAGAUUAAUCCUUAUUGUUCCUAUAUCUUAAAUGAAACUUCUAUGCUUAAUCAAAAGAUUAUCUUAAUAUUCCCUAUAUUAGGAAAGACUAUCCUAAUAUAGAUGUAUACAAAUUACAAGUGGAAUUUCCUUUAUUUAAAUCUUAAUGCAUUACAGCACAAACUGUUUGAGAACAAUGGGCAAGUCAAAGGUAUUUAGGCCAGAUUACUAGGGUAAAGAAAUAAAAAAUGAAAAUAAGAAAUAAUUUUGUAUUUAAGUUU